CGCGCGUCGAAACGUCGUGAAUCGUGGGAAUAGGGAAUAGGCCAUGGCCAUGGUAAAAGGCAUCUCUUCCAGCGUCCAGAAUGACUACACGACUUCGCCAUCGUCCACAGACCGAGGAUGAGGAUGCUGCUGCGUUGAAACUCGGACCAGAGUUCAAUAAUGCCGGUUGCUUGCUCAUAUCAGAAGUCAAAUAUCUGCUGGAAAAUCGAGACAAGGACGCCCCCGAUACUGCUGUUUAUAACAAAACUUUGGAGUACGUCAAGACCUUCACGAAAUUCAAUACUACAGACUCGGCCAGCGCAGUUCGAGAGACAUUACGAAGGGAGCCAGCUCUCACACAGUUCGAGACAGCUCAGAUCGCCAAUCUGUGCCCAGCGGACGCAGAGGAAGCCAAAAGUGUGAUUCCUAGCCUAGUGAAGAUAGAUGACGACCGGUUACAAGCACUACUUGACGAGAUUCAGACUAUGCGUAAAUUCCAAUCGUAAAGCCGCUAUAAAAUUGCUAUCUCAUCCCAUUUCGCAUAUAAUAUAAUCUAUAAUUGUAUUCUAGCCUUUAACCUGUAAUUUCACGGUGUUCAGCCCUC